GACAAAUAUGGCGAGAAGAUCACACUUAAGUCACAUGAACUCACUGUGCACUACUUUUGCCUGGUAAGAGAGAAAGAGAGAGAGAGUGUGUGUGUGUAUAUUGAAAUUACUCAUUGUUAAAAUGAUGUAUUACGGCCUAGCUUGAACCAAAAUAUUUUCUCAUUGUGGAAUAUCAUUAUUCAAACAGUAGCAAUCUAUUUGUUUUAUUGUUCAGUUGUUCACUGAAGGAAGCUUAAAUGUACAGAACGUUUUCUGUGUCUGAUGUUUUUUAUAUUCCAGCUGAUGUCAAGUGGAGUGUAUCAGCGUGGAGAGGAAAACGAAGGGAUCUAUGGCUUCUUGGUGGAUGAUAUUAAACAGGAGGUCAGCAGAUCCCACAGACUAGUAAGUCAGUGUGUUCUUUCAUAUUGAGUGAGUAUUUAUAUAGCCUACUUUGACACUUGCCACCAUAGAGAUGCGGUGUAAAACACACACAAACAGAUGUUCUAUUUAUGGCCCGCAUGGUCUCAGAACUAUUUCAGUAGAUAGAGUUUUACAGAGUGGCUUGACACACCAGGUAGAGAUUAGGAGCUUGAACACUCACCGAGCAGAAACGCUGCUCACCCCUGCGGAGAGACCAUUGGAAGUAGUGAAGUCUGUAGAAGUUGUUAAGUAUGGUGUACAUUUGUAUCAGAGUUAGCAUAAUCCUAAAGGGUUUGUCCACUCCAAGCCUAAGUAGCACUUUUAUCACAAGAGACGUUCAGUACAUAUUAUAGAUUUAGCCUUAAGUAGUUUCUGGUUGCUUGGAUUCUUGUUCAAAAACAUUAUUGUGUCAUAAAUUUACUUUUUUGCUUUCUGUGUACCUUAUGUUUUAGAAGUGUGCGGUCUGCAAGAAGAAUGGUGCCUCAGUUGGGUGCUACGUCAAAAGCUGCCGGAAAAUGGUCCAUUUUCCGUGUGGCAAACAACACCAAUUCAUCUUUCAAUUCACAGAUCCAUUUCCGUAAGUGACCAUGAUUAUAUAUUACCAGUAUGUAUUGUGUCUAGAGAUUCUAAACAUAAUCCACAGCAGCCAUGGCAAGGGUAGUAACAAGGGGAGAACUCGGCGCAGUUCUUGUUUUUGAGAUUAUAAAUAUAUCCUUUAUUCACAAAUUGUUAAAAGCCAUAUUGACAUUUGACAUUUUAGUCAUUUAGCAGACGCUCUUAUCCAGAGCGACUUACAGGAGCAAUUAGGGUUAAGUGCCUUGCUUAAGGGCACAUCGACAGAUUUUUCACCUAGUCGGCUCGGGGAUUAGAACCAGCGACCUUUCGGUUACUGGCACAACGCUCUUACCCACUAAGCUACCUGCCGUUUCAUCAGAAUGAAACGAGCACUCUUAUCUCACAGAAACAGAAACCAUGCUUAAUGCUUUGGUGCACAUCUGAUUGUCUUUCCCCAGCUCCUACUGCAAGGAUCACAGUCCCACCCAGUCUGUGCCAGUGUCGUCCUGUGUCAGUGAGCCACUAACAUGCUCAGUGUGUCUGGACGUCGUAGAGCCCGUCCUCUCCUACUCCGUCCUCAAGUGUCCUGCCUGCCAUGGCAGCUGGUUUCACAGAGACUGUGUGCAGGUACCUACACUACCGUUCAAAAGUUUGGGGAAUUAGAAAUGUCCUUGUUUUCGAAAGAAAAGCAAUUUUUUUGUCCAUCAAAAUAACAUCAAAUUGAUCAGAAAUACAGUGUAGACAUUGUUAAUGUUGUAAAUGGCUAUUGUAGCUGGAAACGGCUGGUUUUUAAUGGAAUAUCUACAUAGGCGUACAGAGGCCCAUUAUCAGCAACCAUCAGUCCUGUGUUCCAAUGGCACAUUGUGUUUGUGAAUCCAAGUUUAUAAUUUUAAAAGGCUAAUUGAUCAUUAGAAACCCCUUUUGCAAUUAUGUUAGCACAGCUGAAAACUGUUGUGCUGAUUAAAAAGCAUUAAAACUGGCCUUCUUGAGACUAGUUGAGUAUCUGGAGCAUCAGCAAUUGUGCGUUCGAUUACAGGCUCAAAAUGGCCAGAAACAAAUAACUUUCUUCUGAAACUCGUCAGUCUAUUCUUGUUCUGAGAAAUGAAGGCUAUUCCAUGCGAGAAAUUACCAAGAAACGGAAGAUCUCGUACAACGCUGUGUACUACUCCCUUCACAGAACAGCGCAAACUGGCUCUAACCAGAAUAGAAAGAGGAGUGGGAGGCCCCGGUGCACAACUGAGCAAGAGGACAAAUACAUUAGUGUCUAGUUUGAGAAACGGACGCCUCACAGGUCCUCAACUGGCGGUUUCAUUAAAUAGUACCCGCAAAACACCAGUCUCAACGUCAACAGUGAAGAGGCGACUCCGGGAUGCUGACCUUCUAGGCAGAGUUGCAAAGAAAAAGCCAUAUCUCAGACUGGCCAAUAUGAUGGGCAAAAGAACACAGACACUGGACAGAGGAAGAUUGGAAAAAAGUGUCAUGGACAGACUAAUCGAAGUUUGAGGUGUUCGGAUCACAAAUAAGAAUAUUUGUGAGACGCAGACCAAAUGAAAAUAUGCUAGAGGAGUGCUUGAUGCCAUCUGUCAAGCAUGGUGGAGGCAAUGUGAUGGUCUGGUGGUGGUAAAGUGGGAGAUUUGUACAGGGUAAAAGGGAUCUUGAAGAAGGAAGACAAUCACUCCAUUUUGCAACGCCAUGCCAUACCCUGUGGACGGCGCUUGAUUGGAGCCAAUUUCCUCCUACAACAGGACAAUGACCCAAAGCACAGCUCCAAACUAUGCAACAACUAUUUAGGGAAGAAGCAGUCAGCUGGUGUUCUGUCUAUAAUGGAGUGGCCAGCACAGUCACCGGAUCUCAACCCUAUUGAGCUGUUGUGGGAGCAGCUUGACUGUAUGGUACGUAAGAAGUGCCCAUCAAGCCAAUCCAACUUGUGGGAGGUGCUUCAGGAAGCAUGGGGUGAAAUCUCUUCAGAUUACCUCAACAAAUUGACAACUAGAAUGCCAAAGGUCUGCAAGGCUGUAAUUGCUGCAAAUGGAGGAUUCUUUGAUGAAAGCAAAGUUUGAAGGACACAAUUAUUAUUUCAAUUAAAAAUCAUUAUUUCUAACGGUGGUCAAUUGGUAGAGCAUGGCGCUUGUAACGCCAGGGUAGUGGGUUCGAUCCCCGGGACCACCCAUAUAUUAAAAUGUAUGCACACAUGACUGUAAGUCGCUUUGGAUAAAAGCGUCUGCUAAAUGGCAUAUUAUAUUAUUUCUAAACUUGUCAAUGACUACAUUUCCUAUUCAUUUGCUAUAUUUCCUAUUCAAACUCAUUUCAUGUAUGUUUUCAUGGAAAACAAGGACAUUUCUAAGUGACCCCAAACUUUUGAACGGUAGUGUACAUCCCAGACAAGCAGUGACCCUCUUGAGUGAAUGUGUGAACACAUUAUUAUUAAGCAACUCCAUACUAUAUACAAAGUGUUGUAACAGGUCCUUACAUUUAGGGCUUUACCAAACAUGGCAUAACCCUUAUUCCACCCUCUAUAUAGAAUUACAUUGGCAAAUAAGCGAUUUGUGAAGCAUCCAUGGAGGUCUUACAGAGGGUUUAUGAAGGCUUCAUAAAAUCGUUAAUUGUAAGUGACUGCCUGCAGUCUCUUACAGUCGUAUGAAAAAGUUUGGGCACCCCUCUGAGGCUGCAUAAUAAUUUACUCUGUCGUCACAGAAAAUGAUCACAGUGGCAUGCCAUUCAUUUUCUGUACUGGGGUAUUGUCCAGACAAAGAUUUUUAGUGUAGCAAUAUUAAGUUGUAUGAAAUUAAAUCAGAUGUGAAAAAUAGGCUAUGCAAAAAUAUGGGCACCCUUGUCAUUCUGUUGAUUUGAAUACCUGUAACUACUUAGCACUGAUUAAUUGGAACACACAAUUGGUUUAGUGUGCUCAUUAAGCCUUGAACUUCAUAGACAAGUGCAUCCAAUCAUGAGAAAAGGUAUUUAAGGUGGCCAAUUGCAAGUUGUUGUUCUCUUUGACUCUCCUCUGAAGAGUGGCAACAUGGGGGCCUCAAAACAUCUCUCAAAUGACCUGAAAACAAAGAUUGGUCAACAUUAUGGUUUAGGGGAAGGCUACAAAAAGCUAUUACAGAGAUGUAAGCUGUCAGUGUCCACUGUGAGGAACAUAGUGAGGAAAUGGAAGACCACAGGCACAGUUCUUGUUAAGGCCAGAAGUGGCAGGCCAAGUAAAAUAUCGGAGAGGCAAAGGCGAAGGAUGGUGAGAACGGUCAAAAACAGCCCACAGACCACCUCCAAAGACCUACAACAUCAUCUUGCUGCAGAUGGUGUCACUGUACAUCGGUUCAACAAUUCAGCGCACUUUGCACAAGGAGAAGCUGUACGGGAGAGUGAUGCGGAAGAAGCCUUUUCUGCACACACGCCACAAACAGAGUCGCUUGAGGUAUGCAAACGCACAUUUGGACAAGCCAGCUUCAUUUUGGAAUAAGGUGCUGUGGACUAAUGAAACAAAGAUUGAGUUAUUUGAUUUACUCCAAGUAGGGAAAGGGUGGAGGGGUUGGAAAAUAAUUUUUGUAAAUAUUUGAGUAUAUCUUUUCAUGUGACAACACUGAAGAAAUGACACUUUGCUACAAUGUAAAGUAGUGAGUGUACAGCUUGUAUAACAGUGUAAAUUUGCUGUCCCCUCAAAAUAACUCAACACACAGCCAUUAAUGUCUAAACCACUGGCAACAAAAGUGAGUACACCCCUAACUGAAAAUGUCCAAAUUGGGCCCAAUUGGCUAUUUUCCCUCCACGGUGUCAUGUUACUCGUUAGUGUUACAAGGACUCAGGUGUGAAUGGGGAGCAGGUGUGUUAAAUUUGGUGUCAUUGCUCUCACACUCCCUCAUACUGGUCACUGGAAGUUCAACAUGGCACCUCAUGGCAAAGAACUCUCUGAGGAUCUGAAAAAAAGAAUUGUUGCUCUACAUAAAGAUGGCCUGGGCUAUAAGAAGAUUGACAAGACCCUGAAACUGAGCUGCAGCACGGUGGCCAAGACCAUACAGCGGUUUAACAGGACAGGUUCCACUCAGAACAGGCCUCGCCAUGGUCGACCAAAGCAGUUGAGUGCACGUGCUCAGCGUCAUAUCCAGAGGUUGUCUUUGGGAAAUAGACGUAUGAGUGCUGCCAGCAUUGCUGCAGAGGUUGAAGGGGUGGGGGGGUCAGCCUGUCAGUGCUCAGACCAUACGCCGCACACUGCAUCAAAUUGGUCUGCAUGGCUGUCGUCCAAGAAGGAAGCCUCUUCUAAAGAUGAUGCACAAGGAAGCCCGCAAACAGUUUGCUGAAGACAAGCAGACUGUUCAGAUGGUGUCAAGCGUGUGUGGCGGCAACCAGGUGAAGAGUACAAAGACAAGUGUGUCUUGCCUACAGUCAAGCAUGGUGGUGGGAGUGUCAUGGUCUGGGGCUGCAUGAGUGCUGCCGGCACUGGGGAGCUACAGUUCAUUGAGGGAACCAUGAAUGCCAACAUGUACUGUGUCAUACUGAAGCAGAGCAUGAUCCCCUCCCUUCGGAGACUGGGCCGCAGGGCAGUAUUCCAACAUGAUAAUGACCCCAAACACACCUCCAAGACGACCACUGCCUUGCUAAAGAAGCUGAGGGUAAAGGUGAUGGACUGGCCAAGCAUGUCUCCAGACCUAAACCCUAUUGAGCAUCUGUGGGGCAUCCUCAAACGGAAGGUGGAGGAGUGCAAGGUCUCUAACAUCCACCAGCUCCGUGAUGUCGUCAUGGAGGAGAGAAAGAGGACUCCAGUGGCAACCUGUGAAGCUCUGGUGAACUCCAUGCCCAAGGCAGUGCUGGAAAAUGAUGGUGGCCACACAAAAUAUUGACACUUUGGGCCCAAUUUGGACAUUUUCACUUAGGGGUGUACUCACUUUUGUUGCCAGCGGUUUAGACAUUAAUGGCUGUGUGUUGUGUUAUUUUGAGGGGACAGCAAAUGUACACUGUUAUACAAGCUGUACACUCACUACUUUACAUUGUAGCAAAGUGUCAUUUCUUCAGUGUUGUCACAUGAAAAUAUAUUCUCAAAUAUUUACAAAUAUUGUGAGGGGUGUACUCACUUUUGUGAGAUACUGUAUAUACACUGCUCAAAAAAAUUAAGGGAACACUUAAACAACACAAUGUAACUCCAAGUCAAUCACACUUCUGUGAAAUCAAACUGUCCACUUAGGAAGCAACACUGAUUGACAAUACAUUUCUCAUGCUGUUGUGCAAAUGGAAUAGACAACAGGUGGAAAUUAUAGGCAAUUAGCAAGACGCCCCCAAAUAAGGAGUGGUUCUGCAGGUGGUGACCACAGACCACUUCUCAGUUCCUAUGCUUCCUGGCUGAUGUUUUGGUCACUUUUGAAUGCUGGCGGUGCUUUCACUCUAGUGGUAGCAUGAGACGGAGUCUACAACCCACACAAGUGGCUCAGGUAGUGCAGCUCAUCCAGGAUGGCACAUCAAUGCGAGCUGUGGCAAGGAGGUUUGCUGUGUCUGUCAGCGUAGUGUCCAGAGCAUGGAGGCGCUACCAGGAGACAGGCCAGUACAUCAGGAGACGUGGAGGAGGCCGUAGGAGGGCAACAACCCAGCAGCAGGACCGCUACCUCCGCCUUUGUGCAAGGAGGAGCAGGAGGAGCACUGCCAGAGCCCUGCAAAAUGACCUCCAGCAGGCCACAAAUGUGCAUGUGUCUGCUCAAACGGUCAGAAACAGACUCCAUGAGGGUGGUAUGAGGGCCCGACGUCCACAGGUGGGGGACGUGCAGGACGUUUGGCAUUUGCCAGAGAACACCAAGAUUGGCAAAUUCGCCACUGGCGCCCUGUGCUCUUCACAGAUGAAAGCAGGUUCACACUGAGCACAUGUGACAGAUGUGACAGAGUCUGGAGACGCCGUGGAGAACGUUCUGCUGCCUGCAACAUCCUCCAGCAUGACCACCAACGCACGUUGCACCACAGACUGUCCAGGAGUUGGCGGAUGCUUUAGUCCAGGUCUGGGAGGAGAUCCCUCAGGAGACCAUCCGCCACCUCAUCAGGAGCAUGCCCAGGCGUUGUAGGGAGGUCAUAAAGGCACGUGGAGGCCACACACACUACUGAGCCUCAUUUUGACUUGUUUUAAGGACAUUACAUCAAAGUUGGAUCAGCCUGUAGUGUGGUUUUCCACUUUAAUUUUGAGUGUGACUCCAAAUCCAGACCUCCAUGGGUUGAUACAUUUGAUUUCCAUUGAUAAUUUUUGUGUGAUUUUGUUGUCAGCACAUUCAACUAUGUAAAGAAAAAGGUAUUUAAUAAGAUUAUUUCAUUCAUUCAGAUCUAGGAUGUGUUAUUUUAGUGUUCCCUUUAUUUUUUUGAGCAGUGUAUAUGUGUAUGUAUGUGUGUAUAUGUAUGUAUGUGUAUAUAUAUAAUAAAAAAACAUGGGGGAUUGGAAGUGAUGCAGACAAUUACAUUGAUGGAAUUUACAAUCUAUCUGCAAUAUUAAGCUGAUCUACCCCCCUUAAAAAAAAAAAAAAAAAGAUUGAGUUAUUUGGUCAUAACAAGGGGCGUUAUGCAUGGCGGCAAAAGAACACAGCGUUCCAAGAAAAACACUUGCUACCCACAGUAAAAUUUGGCGGGAGUUCCAUCAUGCUGUGGGGCUGUGUGGCCAGUGCCGGUACUGGGAAUCUUGUUAAAGUUGAGGGUCGCAUGGAUUCCACUCAAUAUCAGCAGAUUCUUGGGAAUAAUGUUGAAGAAUCAGUCACAAAGUUGAAGUUAUGCCGGGGCUGGAUAUUUCAACAAGACAACGACCCAAAACACUGCUCAAAAUCUACCCGGGCAUUUAUGCAGAGGAACAAGUACAAUGUUCUGGAAUGGCCAUCCCAGUCCCCAGACCUGAAUAUCAUUGAGAAUCUGUGGGAUGAUUUGAAGCGGGCUGGCCAUGCUCGGCAACCAUCAAACCUAACUGAAGUGGAGAUGUUUUGUAAGGAGGAAUGGUCCAAAAUACCUUCAUCCAGAAUCCAGACACUCAUUAGAGGCUAUAGGAAGCGUCUAGAGGCUGUUAUCUUAGCAAAAGGAGGCUCUACUAAAUAUUGAUGUGAUUUUUCUGUUGGGGUGCCCAAAUUUAUGCACCUGUCUAAUUUUGUUUUGAUGCAUAUUGCACAUUUUCUGUUAAUCCAAUAAACCUAAUUUCACUACUGAAAUAUUACUUUGUCCAUCAGUUAUUUGAUAGAUCAAAAUGAAAUUGCUGAUCCAAACACCCAAUUAAUUAUAAAUGGAAAUCAUGGAAAUUGUCAAGGGUACCAAACUUUUUCAUACGACUGUAUCUAUUUUCUAUCUAUUCCUCCAGAACCAGGCUCACAGUGCUGGCAUGUUCUUCUUCAGAUGCACUCUGUGCAAUAACAAGGACAUGUUCCAGCAGGAGAUGCUCCGAAUGGGAAUCCACAUACCAGAGAGGUAUUAUUCACCUUGUAGAACAUUAUUCAUCACUGUCCUAUGCCUUUUCCAGUGUCUACAGUAUGUGUGUUGUGUGUGGGGGGGGUUGAAAGCAGAGCAGAAUACUAAUUUAUAUUGUGUUAGUGUUGUGGCGUUAUGAGUUUUAACUAAAGUAUUCUGUAUCUGUGUGCCACAGAGAUGCAGCCUGGGAGCUGGAAGAAAAUGCCUAUGAAGAGUUACUGCAGGUGUACCAGCACUGUGAUGCCAACAAAUGUCUCUCCCACAGUGGUCGGACAUGCUCUUCACGCACUGGGUAAGCUCUACUGUAGUGUGGGAGUGGCUGAAAUGGUUGACUGGCAAAAAUGUGUUUAUUGCUAAAAUACAUUUGAGUCUCAUAUGUCUUUUUGGUUUUCAGAUGGUUUCAAAUACUGCGUUGCAUGCUCUGUGGCUCAAGAGGUACCCACCGAAAGUGUGCUUCCCUCAACGCUUUUGAGACUGACUGGGCUUGUGAGGACUGUGCAGCAGUUGUGGAUGGGACAGGUAGGCUAUUUGCCAUACUGUAUUUGUUUUAGUCUAACUGGACAGUGAAGUUAUGACCAGACCAGUUAUGAUAGGAAUGAAGAACUGAUUUUAUUAGGGUGUGUAUGAAGUCUCUACAUCUCUGUAAUAAUCAGUGUUCUUUCUUGUUUAGCUUCACUACCCAGACACACUGACUCUCCACAGCCCCCUGGGCAGAGAAGAAGCAUGUCUUCUAAAAGGAGUCUCAUCCUGACCCCUUGCCAAUCACCCAUAGUCUGUAAAAGGUACUGUACAUUAUUGUCUAGCAUUUUCUCACACAGAAAUCCAUGGCGCCCUUCAGACGGGGGCUGGUCUAUUGAUAGUGCUGCCGGCCCUGGACCACACAUUGCCCCUGGAGGCAUGGGUUCAAAUCCCGACUGUGCCACUUUCCCUCUCUUCCCAUCUCAAUAACUACUUAUUCAUGGUAUCUAUUUUUUUUUUACGAUAAAAUAAGUUUUAAAAAAGUAUUAUUUUUAUUGCCGCCAUAGACCAAGUCCAGAUGUUUUCCAGGGGAAUUGUUGAGUCUUUCCUUACAUGUUGUGCUAAGAACACAUCAGCCAUAUUGGAGAUAAACAUUGAUUGUUUUUAAUGAUGGGCAGGCCAUUGUUGUCGGGAGGCUCUGCUAAAGAGAUCCUACAGGAGCUUGCCAGUCAGAUAUCACAGCACCACCCGCCCAUGCCAGUGGUGGUGAGUGGGAACAUGGUCCUGGAGGCUGCCAUGGAGUUAGUGAAGAGGAGCGACUUCAAGCCGUCCCAUGCCCUGGCGGUGAGAUUUACAAGCAGCAAGCACAUUCCCAGCCUCGGCACCUGCCCUGGCAACACCCGGCGCUUCCUCAGCCUCCUGGUGCAGCAGCUGCAGAACACUAUCUUUGAAGGUCCUGAUGGUGCCAAGAACCUGACCCUCGAUGCACAAGGUAGGUCAAUAAUUCCCAUCCCCCCUUGUACAAAACACGCUCCAGCUCUCUAUCAUAAACUCACACUACCACCAUCCCUUGCUGAGUCAGGGGUCAUAAACUCGCAUUCGUAGUUACAUUUUGGUAGUGCUGAGCGAUUUAGUGCUUUUUGUGUUCGAUUAUAAAAAAGAAUCACAGUUUUUCGAUUUUGGUUUCGAUUAUAAUUAUUUGGAUUGAAUGCUGUAACAACACAGAAUAUAACAAUUAAUACAAGUCCCAUGAUGGUAGCCCAUUACUGCUUAUAAUUUAAUUACCAUUUAUUCACAUUACUUUACUUUAAUACAUUAUUUAAGUUGUGUAUAUUACAUUUGUUUUAUUUGAUGACUUUAUUAUUUCAUUCCAAGUCAUCUUAUCUCUAUUAAGCUGCUGCCUAUGCUGUCUGACAAAAUCACUACUUUGUAGUUAAUGUAAAUAAAGCAUACUUUUAUGACUGCUGAAUACCAACUAUCGAUCACUUAGAUUUUGUAUUUUCAGGGAGAGAUACCUCUCGAAGCAACAGCUGCUCUCUAUAUCCCCUCACGAUCUAUCUGUCUGUGUUACUGUAAUAGCUGUAGGAUGAUCUGUCUGUGUUACUGUAAUAUCAGUACUAGGAUCUGUCUGUGUUACUGUAAUAUCAGUACUAGGAUCUGUCUGUGUUACUGUAAUAUCAGUACUAGGAUCUGUCUGUGUUACUGUAAUAUCAGUACUAGGAUCUGUCUGUGUUACUGUAAUAUCAGUACUAGGAUCUGUCUGUGUUACUGUAAUAUCAGUACUAGGAUCUGUCUGUGUUACUGUAAUAUCAGUACUAGGAUCUGUCUGUUUUACUGUAAUAUCAGUACUAGGAUCUGUCUGUUUUACUGUAAUAUCGAUUGUGCAUUUUUCCGUCUCUUCUGUAGCAGGCGUAAAAGAAACACAGACCGGACAAGUAGAUGCGCAAUGGAUUAUGGUCUCUUUUUUUUUAUUACCACGUUUUAUGCGUUAAACUAUGUAGAAUAUUGGCCUGUUGGAAACUACACCUCCCUACUACAUCGCACAGUUCAGGCUGGAUCUGAUUUAUCAGAUUGAGCUCACCCCAAAACAUUUAUAAAAUGGAAUUCAAAUAUUUGAACCAACGUCCGUCAAUUAGUUGUUUAAAAAGCUACAAAUAACUGAAAAUGUGGUUAAUUGCUCAGCAAUACAUUUUGGAGUUAUAUUUUUAUCAAACACGGGAUGUGGUUUCUAUAGGUUCUCAGCUUUUAUGUAUUGUCUCAUUUCUAUGUCCUGUUUUCCCUAGCUCUGAGGGAGGACGUCUACUUUGACGUGGGGUGUCUGCUGUCCCUGAGUCUGAUCCACGGGGGACCUCCUCUGGGCUUCUUCUCCAGGGCUCUCUACAUGCGCCUGUUCAAUUUCCCCUGGGAUACCCCUCUUACUGUGGAGGACAUGGGCAACACUGGAUUCACAGACAAAGUCAAGAAGGUACAUCUUUUACCAUGUCUCUUUACUCUCUUAGAUCCUCUUUACUCUCUUAUAUUUUGUUUAAAUGUGGGGCAGUCGAUCUCCCCCCCCCCCAAAAAAAAUUUUUUUUGAUUGGAUAGGACCGAUAAAGAGGAAAGAUAAAGAUACAGCUGCUGCAGUAUAUCACCGCUGGACCACCCUAGGCCACCUAAUUGGCUAAUCAUUGCUAAAUCAUUUCCGCCCCUCAAACAAAUAUAAAAAAAAUAAAAAUGUAUUUUUAGAGAAGAUAUUUGGAUGGUAAAACUUUCAGUGUAAACUUAAGCGACUAAAAACAAAUAUAAAGUAUGUAGAAAAGAUAAUUGACCUAAUAUAUUUUUUCAUAAGAUAAUCUUUGAGAACUAAUAAUCGCCAAAAUAAAAACUAGACAGUCAGGGAGAAUAAAAAAUUCCCCAAAUGUCAUGGUAUGACAUUGAUCUUGUUAUAAUGUUUGAGUCACUCAGAUAGCAUAAGAACACAGCAUAAGCCAUGUCAAAAUGUGUUGAAUUGCAGGAAACUAGCUUUAAAACCAUAGUCUUCUCUCCGCCCCAUGGAAAAAUAUGUAGAAUAGCAGGAAAUUGGCUUUAAAACAGCAACAUUUUGUCUCUUUCGGCCAAGAGGAUGACCUAUAAAAUGUUCAGUCGUGGACCACGCCAUUGGCCACUACCACGCCCCCAUCACGCCCACCACCUAAGCCCUGUUUUGAUCCAGAAAAAACCCUGGAGUUAUAAUGUAUAUUUGUAGCGUUUGAUGCAUUGAGUCUUGGGGGUUUUCAAUUAGGUAAAUGCAGAUGGGCAACCCCAUGCUUCAGCUUAUUUAUUUAAGUAGUUGGACUACAGGUUAUAUUAUAACAUUUUCUUGGAGUAGAAUGUCCUUUUUAAAAUGUCAACAGAAGUGACCUUCUCACAGUCAUUCUACAAUAAAUGUCUCACUGGGUGCAUGCCCCCCGACCACCCCAGCAAAAGGAACGAACUUUGUCACUGCAAUCCUAGGGGAAACACUGAAAGCCUUUAACUCAUUUGACAACUCUUUUGCUUCAGAUUCAGGAAUCCAAAAGCUUGGAGGAAUUGAGAGUGUCAAUGCAGUCAGCUUCAGAAUACCUGGAAGUGGCUGGGUGCAUGAGACCAGUUGACAGCCUUUCUGAAAAAGACACACUUGUUGAAGAUAUUGUGAGCUUCCACCUAAUCACAAGAAUGCAGUUACCCUUCCAAAGGUUUGCAUAAGUAUCUUUUUGACCGUUUCACCAUCUACAUGUGUUUUUAUUGUUGCUCAAACAUAUUUACCUUACGUAAACGUAGACUGUAUUUUAAACUGUUACUAGAGUUCUACUAUACAGUGCAUUCGGAAAGUAUUCUGACCCCUUGACUUUUUCCACAUUUUGUUACAUUACAGCCUUAUUCUAAAAUGGAUUAAAUUGUUUGUUUUUUUACUCAUCAAUCUCCACACAAUACCCCAUAAAGACAAAGCAAAAACAGGUUUUUAGACAUUUUUGCACAGCUAUUUUCAGGUCUCUUCAGAGAUGUUCGAUCGUGUUCAAGUCCGGGCUCUGGCUGGGCCACUCAAGGACAUUCAGAGACUUGUCCCGAAGCCACUUCUGCGUUGUCUUGGCUGUGUGCUUAGGGUUGUUGUCCUGUUGGAAGGUGAACCUUCGCCCCAGUCUGAGGUCCUGAACGCUCUGGAGCAGAUUUUCAUCAAGGAUCUCUCUUUACUUUGCUCCGUUCAUCUUUCCCUCAAUCCUGACUAGUCUCCCAGUCCCUGCCGCUGAAAAACAUCCCCACAGCAUGAUGCUGCCACCACCAUGCUUCACCGUAGGGAUGGUGCCAGGUUUCCUCCAGAUGUGAUGUUUGGCAUUCAGGCCAAAGAGUUCAAUCUUGGUUUCAUCAGACCAGAGAAUCUUGUUUGUCAUGGUCUGAGAAUCCUUUAGGUGCCUUUUUGGCAAACUCCAAGCGGGCUGUCAUGUGCCUUUUACUGAGGAGUGGCUUCUGUCUGGCCACUCUACAAUAAAGGCCUGAUUGGUGGAGUGCUGCAGAGAUGGUUGUCCUUAUGGAAGGUUGUCCCAUCUCCACAGAGGAACUCUGGAGCUCUGUCAGAGUGACCAUCGGGAUCUUGGUCACCUCCCUGACCAAGGCCCUUCUCCCCCGAUUGCUCAGUUUGGCUGGGCGGCCAGCUCUAGGAAGAGUCUUGGUGGUUCCAAACUUCUUCCAUUUAAGAAUGAUGGAGGCCACUGUGUUCUUGGGGACCUUCAAUGCUGCAGACAUUUUUUGGUACCCUUCCCCAGAUCUGUGCCUCGACACAAUCCUGUCUCUGAGCUCUAUGGACAAUUCCUUCAUCCUCAUGGCUUUGUUUUUGCUUUGACAUGCGCUGUCAACUGUGGGACCUUAUAUUGAAUUUACCACAGGUGGACUCCAAUCAAGUUGUAGAAACAUCUCAAGGAUGAUCAAUGGAAACAGGAUGCACCUUAGCUCAAUUUCGAAUCUCAUAGCAAAGGGUCUGAAUACUUAUUUUAAAUAGGGUAUUUCUGUUUUUUAUUUUAAAUAAAUUAGCAAACAUUUCUGAAAACCUGUUUUCGCUUUGUCAUUAUGGGGUAUUGUGUGUAGAUUGAUUUGGACUCAUCAGACCAAAGGACAGAUUUCCACCGGUCUAAUGUCCAUUGCUCGUGUUUCUUGGCCCAAGCAAGUCUCUUCUUCUUAUUGGUGUCCUUUAGUUGUGGUUUCUUUGCAGCAAUUCGACCGUGAAGGCCUGAUUCACACAGUCUCUGAACAGUUGAUGUUGAGAUGUGUAUGUUACUUGAACUCUGUGAAGCAUUUAUUUGGGCUGCAAUAUCUGAGGCUGGUAACUCUAAUGAACUUAUCCUCUGCAACAGAGGUAACUCUGGGUCUUCCUUUCCUGUGGCGGUUCUCAUGAGAGCCAGUUUCAUCAUAGCGCUUGAUAGUUUUUGCGACUGCACUUGAAGAAACUUUCAAAGUUCUUGAAGUUUUCUGUAUUGACUGCCCUUCAUGUCUUAAAGUAAUGAUGGCCUGUUGUUUCUCUUUGCUUAUUUGAGCUGUUCUUGCCAUAAUAUGGACCUGGUCUUUUUCCAAAUAGGGCUAUCUUCCGUAUACCCCCCCUACCUUGUCACAACACAACUGAUUGGCUCAAACGCAUUAAGAAGGAAAUAAAUUCCACAAAUGAGCUUUUAACAAGGAACACCUGUUAAUUGAAAUGCAUUCCAGGUGACUACCUUAUGAAUCUGGUUGAGAGAAUACCAAGAGUGUGCAAAGCUGUCAUCAAGGCAAUUGAUUUGUUUAACACUUUUUUGGUUACUACAUGAUUCCAUAUGUGUUAUUUCAUAGUUUUGAUGUCUUCACUAUUAUUCUACAAUGUAGAAAAUAGUAAAAAUAAAGAAAAACCCUUGAAUGAGUAGGUGUGUCCAAACUUUUGACUGGUACUGUGUAUAUAUAUAUAUAUAUAUAACACAGGAAGAUCACGAUUGUUAUUGCACUGGGCUUUUAACUAUAUUUUGUUGAACCUUUUUGUGUUUUUAGGUUCCGUGAAGGUUUGAAAACCCUUGGUGUGUUUGACCAGGUCCAGAUGUUUCCGGGGGCCUUCGUUGGUCUGUUCUGUUCCUCUCCUGACAAGCUGACUGCUGAGACCAUGGCUGCCCUCUUCACUGUUAAGUUCUCAGAACAGGAAGAGACCACAGGGAAGGAGAGCGCUGUGCUCACCUUCUGGAGACACUACCUAGUGGAGUGUGAAGGUACUUUGACCUCCAAUGACUGAUUGAUUGAAUGAUUUAUGUGAUGAUAAGAAAGACACACUCGAAGGCCAUUCAGACAGUCUACACUCCUAUUACAAGUAUAUUCAGUAAAACUAACAAAAGCACAUGAAUGUCCCUGUCUGUCUCCAUAUAUUACCCAUCCUCACCAGUCUCUCUGUUCUCUGGUUUCAGUUGGCAGAUGUGCAACAUCGCUAGAGGACGUGCUCAUCUAUGCCACCUCUGCUGAUGUGGUGCCAGCCGUAGGGUUCAGCCCCAACCCUACCUUAUCCUUCCUCAACCCCCUGGACCCUGCUGGGGCCUUUCCCAAGAGCCAGCCCAGCUCUAACCACCUGCUGCUGCCUGUGGUGCCAUCCUACCAAGUCUUUAAGAAGAAUAUGGAGUAUGCAGUGUGCCAGCUCACAGUGAUGCAGGCCAUUUGAUCACAGACUGUCUUGUUCUAUAUAAACACAACUCUACAUGACUAUUACUGAACUUGAGGGACACGUUUCAUUCAGAUUUUGGACUUAAAUUAAAAAGGACUCGCUUCAUAGACUUUUAUAGAAGAUUUAGGGAGGGUAUUUCCAUCAUGACAGAUAUAAUAUGUAUUUUCUAUCAUAGGCUUCAGCUGUUGACUUUCAGGAACAAUUUUACACUACUUUAAUAGUUAAAAGGGUCAUGAUAGGUGCUACAUUUGUUUGAAUGGUCAUUUCUUUGUUUGAAUGGUAAUAUGUUUGGAAUGAAAUGUUUGUUGCUUCAUUUGGGAUUCUCUUAGAUUUAUUUUAUGUUGUACAUAGUGUCUGUGUGUAUCAGAAUUUUCAGUAAAGUCCUGUCAAUUAUGCUACAUUUUCUGUGUUCAUAAUUGUUGUAGCUUCUGUUUACGAUGUACUGUUCAUGUUGCAUCUCUGGUGUUGACUUGGUAUUUUAUAUUUUUGUAACUUCAUUCUCAAGCAUUUUACUUACGCCAAAUAAAAUGUUUGCAUUUACUCUCUGAAAUAUA